AGAAAAUUUAAUUCGUAGCAACGCUAACUUUAUUUUUGUCAAGUAUGUUUCUUAGUCAAAUUUCAGGAUGAAUGGGAAAAGGUCCGUAAUGGCCUCAGAGGCCCAGUUCCACUACAACGAAAGAACGAAAUUCGCCGCAACAGGAAGUCUGAAAAAUGUUACAAUAACAUUCUAUGAAAGAAAUGUUGCUUCCUGAACUGGCAAGAUAUAUAGUCAGAUAUGAUUUUGUAUUUUACCGCACGGAGAUAAUAAAGAUAAAUUCGAAGAUAAGUUCAAAGAAAAGUUCAAAAAAGAUUAAAGAUAAGUUCAAAGAAAGAUAAGUUUUCUGAUUCCACAUUGGUUGACAUCGUAUUAUUUCACAUCCAUGGAAUGAUAGAACUGAAAGGAAAAUCGAAACUUAAAGAUGCAAAAUUGUAGAAUGAUAAAACAAAAAAUGCAUGGCAACACUGUUGAUUUCCAUCACUUUCGUGCAGUCAUAAGAACUUUAAAGAUCUAGAUUGGAUUCGUGUUCUCAUUGCAGAUCUGAAGUUUUUAAUUCAGGUUAUCUUUUGUUUAAAUCAGAAACUUGUCAAUACGCCAAGAAUUAUAUUAUGAGGCUCUGCAAUACUAAAGGAAUUUAAUUCGUAUUUGAAUUUGACCACCUCGUUGACCAAAAUGCCCCUUGGAGCUAUAGGUGCAAUGAAAGGAACGAUGGUUGUUGCGAGCCAAGAUAGGAAUGGCCCGGAGAAAUUACCUGGUGAAGGUGGAAAAGGUGAAUCCUUUGAAAUGCCAUCCUUGAAAUCUUUUGGCAAUCAAAAAGAUAAACUAAUGAGGAGGUUCGUGAAACAAGAAGACGAAAAAGGAUUUAUGAAACAGGAUGAACUCGGAGCAGGUGAUUUCUUUGGUGGUGAGCUUCCAGACCAGAAACACAAACAAAGCAAGGCUUUCUCGUUUUUCCCAGAACCCAACUGUCCCUGCUGCAAGAAUAUGUCCAAGCGGUACCUCGUCGCCAGUCUCUGUUCACUAGGAUUUGUCAUAAGUUUCGGCAUUCGUUGUAACUUGGGAGUAGCCGUCAUGGCCAUGGUGUCCAAUAGUACGUCAAACCCUAAACCAGAAUUCAACUGGUCAGCCGGUACAUUAGGUGUUAUAGAUUCAUCAUUCUUCUGGGGAUACCUGAUCACCCAAAUUCCUGGUGGAUUCCUUGCUACAAUGUACCCAGCUAACAGGGUAUUCGGCACAGCCAUUGCUGUUUCAUCGUGUUUGAACAUGUUGUUGCCGGGAGCAGCAAGAGUUGGUCCUGGAUUAGUUAUAGUAGUUAGAGUACUUCAAGGAUUGGUCGAGGGAGUAACAUAUCCUGCUUGUCAUGGCAUCUGGAGACACUGGGCUCCACCAAUGGAGAGGAGUCGGUUAGCCACUCUGGCGUUUUGCGGGUCAUACGCCGGUGCAGUAGUUGGAAUGCCUUUGUCAGGUUUCUUAACAGAACUAAUAGGCUGGCAAGCAUGUUUCUACUUUUAUGGCGCUUUUGGGAUAAUCUGGUACGUAUUCUGGAUGUGGCUGUCCUUUGAGAGACCCUCUACACACCCGACCAUCACUCAAGCAGAGCUUAUUUACAUCGAGAACAGCAUAGGAAAAGUUUCCAGCACCCUUCCUACGUUAAGAACAACUCCUUGGAAAAGUAUAUUUACUUCCAUGCCAGUCUAUGCAAUCGUUGUCGCCAAUUUCUGCCGAAGUUGGACAUUCUAUAUGUUACUAUUAUCCCAGCCGACUUAUCUCAAGCAGGUCUUCCACUUCGACAUUGAUCAGUCAGGUGUGUUGGGAGCUCUACCCCAUCUCGUGAUGACCAUGAUAGUUCCAGUAGGUGGUCAUCUAGCGGACACACUGCGAAGAAGAGAAAUCUUGACAACAACAGCCGUUAGAAAAAUUUUUAAUUGUGGUGGUUUUGGAUUAGAGGCAACUUUCAUGAUAGUCGUAGCCUAUACAAGAAGUGCUCUUACUGCAACUAUUGCUCUGGUUUUGGCAGUAGGUUUCAGUGGAUUUGCAAUAUCAGGUUUCAAUGUCAACCAUCUAGACAUUGCUCCUCGUUACGCAAGUAUCCUGAUGGGAAUUUCAAACGGAUUCGGAACACUAUCGGGCAUGAUAUGCCCCAUUGUUGUGGAACUAGUCACUCAAGACGAGACUGCAGAUGAAUGGCAGAAAGUAUUCCUCAUCGCAAGUAGUAUUCACUUUGCUGGUGUCAUCUUCUACGCCCUAUUUGCAUCGGGUGAAAAGCAACCGUGGGCUGAGCCACCAGAAGACGAGGAAGGUCCAUCGUGGAAUCCAUUGGCAGAGGCCUUUAACAGUGACGGAUCAGGAGUCAUUAAGCAGAAUGGAGGUCCACCAGCCUUUUCCUCAGACACAGCCACAACAGCACUGACCGGUGAUCAACCACCCCCAUCUUACGGGGCCACUGUGACCGACUAUUACCAACAGCCUCCUCUUUAUGAAACUCAGCAGGAAAUGGUGCAGCAACCAUCAACAGAUAGGUAUAUGCAUGGUGGAAUUGAUGAUCGCGAGUACUAGACAUUUUUUGCUAAGUGAAACGUUUAUUUAUUUCAUGGACGGUUCUUUGUUAUGCCGCCAAAAGAGACACACUUAUACUGGGAAACGAAAAGCCAAAAGCAAUAUCGUAAUCAACGAGUGUUGGUUCAUUGAUGAGACAUAUGUAAAUAGCAUUUCUAAUCUGUGACUGUUUAUCAACAAAAUUUAAAAAAAAGGGCUUAAUUUGUUGAUGUCUUAA